AUGAGUUAAGAAAUUCAAUAAUUUAGAGCAACUUUACCAAUAAAUGAAUUCAAAUCAGAGAUUUUGAAGUAGGUUUUGGAAAAUACCUUUAUAAUCAUAACUGGUGAUACAGGUUCAGGUAAAUCAACAUAAUUGCCUCAGUAUCUUCUGGAUGAUGAAGAGUUCAGAUUGAACAUUUGUGAAAGGAGGAAAAAGUUCUUGGAGGAAUAAGUGGAAGAGAAAGAACAAACUAAAGUGUAAGGAUUCUUGUCUAAGAAGCAAAAACCUUUUAUUCCAGAGGAUAGAAAAAACUCAACCGAUUUAAAGAUAGUAGUAACAUAACCCAGGAGAAUGGCUGCCAUUUCGAUGGCCAAAAGAGUAGCAUUUGAGAGAAAUCAAAACCUAGGCAUAGAAGUCGGAUAUUCUAUAAGGUUUGACAAUUCAACUACGAAUACUACUUAAUUAAGAUAUGUGACUGAUGGUAUAUUGGUGAGAGAAUGUUUGUAGGAUAAGGAUCUAAGAGGAUAUGAUGUUGUAAUUUUGGAUGAGGCUCAUGAGAGAUCUCUUUAUACAGAUGUGUUAUUUGCCUUGGUGAAGACGGCUGCAAGGAGAAGGAAGGGAAGUUUAAAAGUUAUCAUAACAUCUGCAACACUUAAUAUCAACAUCUUUAAGAGCUAUUUUGAAGGAUGUCCCUAUGUCAAAGUACAUGGUAAGUCAUUUCCUGUUGAAGUGAAAUAUUCUGAGCAUAAUAUCACUUAAUAAAAAAGAAAUCAUGAUGCUGUGAAUGCUGCCAUCAGAAUGCAUUUGCAUGAAGGUCCAGGAGAUAUCUUGGUAUUUCUACCUGGAAGUGAGGAUUGUGAAGUUUGCAGAAAAUUUUGUUAUGAGAGAUUAGCAGAAGUAUUAAACUCAGGAGUUGAAGUCCCAAGUGUGUUAUUAUACACAUUGUAUGGUAGUCAGACUUCUGAAGAUCAGAGUCAAGUAUUUUAAAGAGCUGAUGAACAUACUAGAAAAAUUAUAUUUUGUACAAACAUAGCUGAAACUUCUUUGACUAUUGAUAAUAUUGGAUUUGUGGUAGAUACUGGUUAUGUUAAAUAAAAAGUGUAUAAUCCAAGGACUGGCAUGGACUCUCUCAUCAUUUAACCUAUAUCUAAGACUCAAGCCAUUUAAAGAACAGGUAGAGCAGGUAGAACACAAGCUGGAAAGUGUUAUAGAUUAUUUUCUAAAUAGUUUUAUGAAUCACUUUCAGAACACACAACAGCCGAAAUCAUGAGAGUUAAUUUAGCAUCAGUGAUGUUACUACUUAAAUCUAUGGGAAUAGAUGAUGUAGUGAGAUUUGAAUUUAUGGAACAACCCACUCAAGAAGCUAUUCUAUAAUCUUUGAGAUAAUUAUAUCUAAUAUAAGCAAUUGAUGAGGAUGGAUAUAUCACUCCCAUGGGUUAUGAAAUGUCUAGAUAUCCGUUGGAACCAAGUUAUGCAAAAGCAUUGAUAACCUCAAAAAUGAUGGAAUGUUCAAGUGAAAUGAGUGCUAUUGUGGCUAUUUUGUCUACAGAAAGCAUUUGGUAGAGAAUUACCAGAGUAGAUGUUGAUGGGUAUUAAAAGCUAUAAGAAAUUCAAUCACAACAUGCUGAUCCUGCAGGAGAUCACUUAAGUUUAUUGAAAGUAUUCUCAGAAUGGAAAUAGGCUGUGUUCAACGAAUAAUUUGCUAAGGAUACUCUUUUGAAUUUAAGGUCUUUGAAAUAGUCUGACAAUAUUCGAUAAUAGUUAUAAUAAUUAGUUGAAGGCACUAGUAGAAAGAAAUGUUUACAGUUUUACGAAUAGGAUUACCUUUAUAAGUUGUUUAGAAAAUAGAAGGAUUCAAAGAAGUGGAAUAUAAAUGAGAGUAUUAAAUUAUCAUUAUGUUCUGGAUUUUAUUUUAAUACUGCUCGUAAGAUGCAUAAUGGUGAGGAUACCUAUUUGAUGGUAUAUCCUGAAGGUACAGUUGUGGAUACAGAUCCUCAGAGUGUAUAUACAGUAAUUCAACAAUAUCCUGAGACUGUGAUAUUUACUGAAUUGGGAGGCACAUCCUAAGUGAGGGGAGUGAUGAAACUAAUCAGUGAAAUCAAUAUAGAAUGGGUUAAACCUUACUUUUCAAACAUGGUGAAGGUUGAUUUAUUCAAACUGGCUAGAAUUGAAUUCCAAUAAAGAGGAAGAGAUGCUGUGCAUGAAAGAAGACAAAAGAAAAUAUAGGAAUAGGAGAAGCAAAAAGAGUUGGAGGAAAAGUAGAAGUUGGAAAAACAUUAAAUAUAUAAGGCAAGAUUCGAAUAAAGAAAGAAGGUUAAAAUGUGA